AUGGCCUUAGAGGCAGCAGUGGAAGCAGCAGCAGACUUGUUGGACAAGGCAGUGAAAACAGUUAUGGUGGGUGGGCCUAAACUCCGAGUUGCACAAGCAGCUGAUGCUAGUGGCUAUGCUCUGGCUGUGAUGCCUUCAGCAAAGGGGCUUGGUUCUGAGUGCACCACCUUUUGUUAUGAGAUUGUGGAGUCUGCAGAUGCCUAUUUGUUUGCCGGAUCGGUUUUCAAUGACUACAGCUCUGUUGGGUACUCAGCCCUUUUGAAGAAAGAGAAGGCGGUCAUAGUGCAACCGGAUAGUGUGACCAUCGAAAAUGGCCCUGCAUUUGGUUGUGUUGUAAUGAAGGAUUUUCUGAAAGCUCUAUCAAAGAGGCUUAAAUGGAACAAGACUGCUUAUGAGAUGUGCUCCUACAGAGCCUUUGAGGAUUAA